GGGGAGGAGGAGGAGGAGGAGGAGGGCGGGGCGGCGAGGACCCGCCCGCGGCGAUUAUAGGCGAUGACUCAGGGCGGAGCCCCGCAUCCAGCAGCCGCGCCGCCGCCAACUUCCCUGGAUGGGACCAGAAGUUUCUAGCCGGCCAGUUGCCGCCUCCCCUCGCUCUCCUCCUCCUCCGCCGCCGCCGCCGGCAGCGCCCAGGCGCCUUCCAGACGCUUCCAGCGCCCGCGGCCACGUCACCCCCCGCCUCUAAUUCAUAAGGGGCCCGCAGCCCGCCGCCCGCACUCGCCGCCCGCCCGCGCCCCGGCCCCGCAGCCCCGGCCCGGCCCGGCCCCGCAGCAUGAGCGCCGCCACCCACUCGCCCCCGGUGCAGAUGGCCUCUGGCGACCGCGACCCCCUGCCCCCGGGCUGGGAGAUCAAGGUGGACCCGCAGACCGGCUGGCCCUUCUUCGUGGACCACAACAGCCGCACCACCACGUGGAACGACCCGCGGGUGCCCCCCGAGGGGCCCAAGGAGCCUCUGUCUUCUGCCAACGGCCCUUCCCAGGAGGCCCCCAGGCUGCCUGCGGCCGGAUACCCCCAGCUCCGACCUGGCUACAUUCCCAUCCCUGUGCUGCACGAGGGUGCUGAGAGCCGGCCAUUCCCCUUCCAGACCUACGCCCAGCCUGGGCCCCAGCGCUUCCGCAGUGAGGCCGCCGCAGCUCCCCAGAGGCCCCAGUCCCCGCUGCGGGGGGUGGCUGAAACCACCCAGCCGGAGAAGCACUGUGGACCUGCUGCAGCCCAGCCCCUAGCUUCCCACGGACCCGAGCAACAGCAGCGCUCCCAGUCACCGGCCGCCUCGGACUGCUCGUCCUCGUCCUCCUCGGCCAGCCUGCCGUCCCUGGGCAGGAGCAGCCUGAGCAGCCACCAGCUCCCCCGGGGCUACAUCCCCAUCCCCGUCAUCCACGAGCAGAACGCCGCACGCCCGGCCACCCAGCCGGCCUUCCAUCAAGCCCAGAAGACCCACUACCCAGCUCCGCAGGGCGAGUACCAUCCCCACCAGCCCGUGUACCACAAGAUCCAGGGGGAUGAGUGGGAGCCCAGGCCCCAGAGGGCAGCAUCCCCCUUCCGCUCGCCCGUGCGCGGGGCCUCCAGCCGGGAGGGCUCCCCGGCCAGAAGCAGCACCCCGGUGCACUCCGUGUCACCCCUCCGAGUGCACACUGUGGUCGACCGGCCUCAGCAGCCUGUGACCCAUCGGGAACCUUCUUUGCCUGUGCCCCAACCUGAAAACAAGCCGGAAAGCAAGUCAGGCCCAACUGGACCGGAACUCCUGCCUGGACACGUCCCCAUUCAGGUGAUCCGAAAAGAGGUGGACGCCCAGCCCGCCCCCCACAAGCCCCCACCUCCUUCAGAGAAGGUCGAGGUAAAGGUUCCUUCUGCUCCGGCUCCUUGUCCCCCCAGCCCCGCACCCCCUGCUGUCCCCUCUUCUCCCAAGAAUGUGCCUUCAGAAGAGAGAGCGGCCCCCAGCCCUGCCCCUGCAGAAGUCACAGCCCCCAAAGCAGGGGUGGCAGAAGCACCCCCAAAGCACCCGGGGGUGCUGAAAGUGGAAGCCAUCCUGGAGAAGGUCCAAGGGCUGGAGCAGGCGGUGGAUCAUUUUGAAGGCAAGAAGACAGACAAGAAAUACCUGAUGAUUGAGGAGUACCUGACCAAGGAGCUGCUGGCCCUGGACUCAGUGGAUCCUGAGGGACGAGCCGACGUCCGCCAGGCUCGGAGAGAUGGUGUCCGCAAGGUCCAGACCAUCCUAGAGAAGCUGGAACAGAAAGCCAUCGACGUGCCGGGUCAAGUCCAGGUUUAUGAACUCCAGCCCAGCAACCUGGAGCCCGACAGGCCACUGCAGGAGAUCAUGGCGAUGGGGACCCCGGCAGCAGACAAGAGCCGGAGUGGAGAGGAUCCCCAAGCCGCAAGCCGGCCACCUGUCUCCAAGGAGACCGCAGCUCCGAACCCCUCCAGCACCUCCGCAGACACGGCUGGUCCCCCGGCCGCCGCUCCCUAGUCCCUGCCGAGGCCCGGAACUAAGCGCCGGUGUACUUCAGGGGAGUUUUCAAUCGCAUGCCUUUCACAGACUUGGAGUCCGUUGGUUUGUACUAUUCAUAGCCGCUUGGUAUGCAGUACCUGGGGUGAAGGCAAAAGAAACACACAAAAUAAAAGAGCUGAGAGGACAAGGGAUGCUUUCCUUUCAAAGUGUGGUUCUGUACAGACAGGAAGUUACAUGUUUCUUAUUUCCAAAGUAUUAUAAACCCAGUCACUCUGGCUAGCUAUGGCUGUGAGCUCUCUUUCUAUACCCCUCUCCUCCCAUCAGAUCACUGCUCAGCUCUGCCUUAUGGUGGUGCAGGGGAUUGAACCUGGAACUUUGGGGCCUCAGGCAUGAGAGUCUUUUUGCAUAGCCAUUAUGCUAUCUAUCCCUGCCCUAAGCUCUCUUUCUAUAGCUUUGAACUGGAGGAGUUUUUUUUUGUUUUUUGUUUAUUUUUGUGGUGGGGAGGCUAGAUGGGGCCCUCAAGUUCCUAUCAUAUCAAUACAAAGAAACCCACUUUUCAGAAAUGAUGCUGGAAUUCUAAGGAGAUGACUGUCUUCAUCUCAUUGCUGAGAGACCUAACUUGAGCUAAAUGAAAAUGUGUAAGGAGCCCUAGGAAUAUCCGUCUGUUGGAUGACUUUUAUGCUACACCUGGAAAAAAAAAUAAUAAAAUAAAAUAAAGAUGACAUAAAAUGUU